AUGACAAUCAAAGACUCCUUCAAAAAGCUAAUCCACAAACGCUCCGGCUCCCUCGACUCCUCCCACUCCCAAACCUCCUCCUCCCCUACCGCCGCCGAGAAGGGAAAAGGCCGCGCUGACCCCUCCCCCCAAUCUUCGCCGAAUGCGCAGAGGAAGCGAACGAGUUUGCAGCAUGAUACGAUUCAUGAGGAUUCCGAGCUCGCGAACCAGACGCAAAAUAUGGGACUCAACUCUCCCACUCGGCAGCGUGUGAACAAAGACCUCCCUGCUGCCCCGGCGCCUACGACCACCCUUCUUCAGCCGAAUGCGAGUAUUGUUGGAGCUGCGCAGGCUGCGGGCGCGGUUGGUGCUGGAGCCGGUGGGUCCGUGCCCGUUCCCGCGGGUGCGGAGAGAACGCCCAUUGCGGACCAAUUCAUGAGUCAGGUGCCGACGACACGCCUCGAGGGAGAUAACCCGAAGCACCCGAGGAGCGCUGAACCUACUCCACCCUCUACCGCCGCUCCAGCUCUUCGCGAAAGCCCGACUCUUGCUCAGGAGUCCAGGUUUGAGAGUGGCGUGGGAUCAUUAACGGCGGAAGAAUGGAUCGCGUCCCGUGCGCAACCAAACACGACUGACCUUACCUCCACCAUCGCCCCGCCCGUCAUCCACGAAACUGUCAUCCCCCACGAACGCGAAGAAUUCACGCAAGUCAUCACCCGCGAUCGCCACGUUACACAUGUGCAGCCCUUGGUUGUACCCGUGUUGGAGCGAGUCUUCUUGCCACCUAUCCACGUAUUGGAGAAAGAGGACGGCAGGUGGUAUGAACUCGAUUCGGACAGAAUCAACGCAAAGUAUGGGUUGACUCCUGUCGAGUGGCGUGGAGUUGAGGGUGUGAAGGUCAUCGAGGUCGUGAAGAAGGAGAGCGCGACGAAUGACGUGUAUAACCGCAUCGAGGACUUCAUCGAAGUUCAGACCUCGUCGCUCAAAGAAGCGACUGAAGUCGAGCUUUCUAUUGCGCGUGAGGUUGUGCGUCGACAUGCGCUCCUUGUUGUUGAGCGUCAGUGGCAUGAGGUUGCGGUUGAGGAGGGACGGCCGGACGUGCUUUCUACUACGGGGAUUGUGGAGCCGGUUGGGUUGGGGGUUGCGAGGGGUGUUAGUGUGGGUGCGGGGGGUGGUUAUGUUCUUCCUAAGACGGGGAUCGAGGGCGUGGAGGGGUUUGAGGGAGAGGGGAGGAUUGCGCCGGGGAGGUUGUGGAGGCAUGAGGUGAGCGAGAGGAAGGAGGACGGUGUGAGGGUGUAA